AUGCUGACAGAUAUAUCGCCCGUGCCUAAGUUAAGGGUUGAAGCUGCAAAAAGACGGUCCAGAUCAGUUGCUUCAGAGUUGAGUUGUACAUCAAACAUUGAGUCCUGUCGGGAGAAGUUCGAAAAGAGAAAAAUCCUGAAAAGUUUUCUUGGCUAUUAUCUGAUUCCAAACUGGGAUCUGAUAAGGAAAUUGCCAAAAAGACAAUGCAAGCUCGCACAUAGCCCAAAAAACAAGGCAGUAUUUAACAGAAGAAAACGUGUUAUUAUUAGACCAUCCUCCAUAUAGUCCCGAUCUAAGUCCUAAAGAUUUCUUUACUUUCCCGACAUUUAAAAACCGACUGCGUGGUCAAAGGUUCCAGUCACCAGAAAAACCAGUUGACGCAUUCAAAAAUGCCGUUUUGGAUCUGCCAGCAAACGAGUGGAGUAAGUGCUUCAAAAAUUGGUUCGUGCGCAUACAGCUCUGAAUUAAUCUUCGUGGAGGAUACAAUAGAAGAAGAAGAAAACAAUAAAGUCAUUUAAAACUACCUACUGUGUUGUUUUAUUUCCAUAGGCAAAACUUAAAAGCCAUCCCUCGUAG